AUGAUAACACCACUCUUCGUCAUACAGAUUGCCCUGCUGAUGGGAUCACUACCGCGGAGCUUGGCUGGAGGGACCAACACCGAAAAGACGGACAGCACGAGCCUCGCGGCAGCCGGCGAUACCACGCGAGCCAUGGGCGGCUUCUCCGACAGGGCAUUUUUCGCCACGUCGGUCCGACUGCCAGGGCCACCGCCCCCGCGAACCACGAACGGAUCCGUCCGCACAGAUCAAGGCGUCACCAAGCGACCAUCAUCGGCAACGUCAUCGGAAACGACUAUAUCAGCAACGACGAGCGUAAAUCCGUUCAGUGGGUGUGGCGGCCAGCGCAGCAAGAUGAUAACACUCCUCUUCGUCAUACAGAUUGCCCUACUGAUGGGAUCACUACCGCCGAGCUUGGCUGGAGGGACCAACACCGAAAAGACGGACAGCACGAGCCUCGCGGCAGCCGGCGAUACCACGCGAGCCAUGGGCGGCUUCUCCGACAGGGCAUUUUUCGCCACGUCGGUCCGACUGCCAGGGCCACCGCCCCCGCGAACCACGAACGGAUCCGUCCGCACAGAUCAAGGCGUCACCAAGCGACCAUCAUCGGCAACGUCAUCGGAAACGACUAUAUCAGCAACGACGAGCGUAAAUCCGUUCAGUGGGUGUGGCGGCCAGCGCAGCAAGAUGAUAACACUCCUCUUCGUCAUACAGAUUGCCCUACUGAUGGGAUCACUACCGCCGAGCUUGGCUGGAGGGACCAACACCGAAAAGACGGACAGCACGAGCCUCGCGGCAGCCGGCGAUACCACGCGAGCCAUGGGCGGCUUCUCCGACAGGGCAUUUUUCGCCACGUCGGUCCGACUGCCAGGGCCACCGCCCCCGCGAACCACGAACGGAUCCGUCCGCACAGAUCAAGGCGUCACCAAGCGACCAUCAUCGGCAACGUCAUCGGAAACGACUAUAUCAGCAACGACGAGCGUAAAUCCGUUCAGUGGGUGUGGCGGCCAGCGCAGCAAGAUGAUAACACUCCUCUUCGUCAUACAGAUUGCCCUACUGAUGGGAUCACUACCGCCGAGCUUGGCUGGAGGGACCAACACCGAAAAGACGGACAGCACGAGCCUCGCGGCAGCCGGCGAUACCACGCGAGCCAUGGGCGGCUUCUCCGACAGGGCAUUUUUCGCCACGUCGGUCCGACUGCCAGGGCCACCGCCCCCGCGAACCACGAACGGAUCCGUCCGCACAGAUCAAGGCGUCACCAAGCGACCAUCAUCGGCAACGUCAUCGGAAACGACUAUAUCAGCAACGACGAGCGUAAAUCCGUUCAGUGGGUGUGGCGGCCAGCGCAGCAAGAUGAUAACACUCCUCUUCGUCAUACAGAUUGCCCUACUGAUGGGAUCACUACCGCGGAGCUUGGCUGGAGGGACCAACACCGAAAAGACGGACAGCACGAGCCUCGCGGCAGCCGGCGAUACCACGCGAGCCAUGGGCGGCUUCUCCGACAGGGCAUUUUUCGCCACGUCGAUCAAGGCGUCACCAAGCGACCAUCAUCGGCAACGUCAUCGGAAACGACUAUAUCAGCAACGACGAGCGUAA